GAGUUUAUACGUACACUCGACCUGUAUAUAUAUUUUUUCAGCGUACUUGAAAACCCAAGAAUCGUGAAGAAAAGAGUAAACAAAUAGAAACCAUGUCUUCUCCAAGCAAACGCAGGGAGAUGGAUUUGAUGAAACUGAUGAUGACUGACUAUAAAGUGGAGACGAUCAAUGAUGGCAUGCAAGAGUUCUAUGUGGAAUUCCAUGGACCCAAAGAAAGUCCUUAUCAAGGAGGUGUUUGGAGGAUACGAGUAGAACUACCAGAUGCUUAUCCGUAUAAGUCUCCUUCCAUUGGCUUUGUCAAUAAGAUUUACCACCCCAAUGUGGAUGAGAUGUCCGGCUCUGUGUGUUUAGAUGUGAUCAACCAGACCUGGAGUCCCAUGUUCGACCUAGUAAAUGUGUUUGAAGUGUUCCUUCCGCAACUUCUAUUGUACCCAAAUCCAUCAGAUCCUCUGAAUGGGGAGGCGGCAGCUUUGAUGAUGCGAGACCGCAGUGCUUAUGAACAAAGAGUUAAAGAGUAUUGCGAAAAAUAUGCCAAGCCUGAAGAUGCAGGAGUCGCAGGAGAGGAAAAAUCCAGUGAUGAGGAGUUGACUGAAGAUGAAUAUGCCUCCAGUGACGACGAAAUUGCUGGAAAAGUGGACCCAUAAGCAAAUGAACACAAGGUUCCAACUGUCUGUACAUUAUAUGUCGCUAUGUGAUGAUAGAGGUCGAAUCCCUCAAAGCCCAUUUGCUGAAAAGGAAAAUUUCUGUCAUGUUUUUCUCUUAAUUUGCACUGAUACAUCUCAUACACAUCGAUGUGUUCUCUUUUAUCAUAUUGAAGCUGUUUGUUGGCUAACGCUAGAAUACAUCGUUCUCGUUCAAGCUAAUUCAUCUGCAGAACGGACUAGUAGUGAAGUUUCUUGAUUAGAUACGUCCCUAAAACA